UCAGCUUGGUUUAAAAGCAUUGUCUGUUAUGUUGUCUGUUCAGUGGUGUUAAACAAGACAUUUCAUUUUAGGGUAACUGUAUUAUGUGGUUUUUCCUCAAUUGAAUUUAACAUUUUGUAUUGUUAGGCUAAAGAAUGUUUUAUGUUUUCCUCUAGCGUGGCAGGAGAUGGUAUGUCAGUAUAAGGAGUCAAUCAUACUGAAAUAUGAACCUGGAAAUUUCUCCUCUAGUGAAAGAGUCUCACUGGCUGCCCUCUACACUGAACCUGUGAUUAUUCAGAAAAAAAAAAAAGGCAGUUUUCAGAAUAUCAAUGUGGAGGAGUUGUUUAAUAAAUCAGACAUGCAUAUGUAUUAUCCAGUAUCUGUCAUUCUUCAAGGAAAUUCUGGUAGUGGAAAAUCAUUCAUAUCUCAAAAGAUUAUAUUGGACUGGGCAUCUGAACAACAUUACCUUGAAGCCUUUAAUCUAGUUUUCUACCUGAGGUGUGAAGAGCUGAAGUGUAUUUCUGCGGAGAUGAACUUGAUUGAGCUCCUGAGCUGGAAUUGUGGUUUAUCGACAGAUCAGAUCUCAAAGAUGUUACAGAACAUAUCACAGAGAGUGCUCUUCAUCAUUGACGGAUUUGAUGAUCUUGAUGAGCUUAGAUUUAUGCGUUAUAAAUUUUGCAUAUCAUCCAAAUUCCAGAAAGCCCCUCCUGAGGUCAUUGUUUGUUCCUUGCUUCGUCAACGAAUCCUGCCCAGAUCUGUCCGGCUGAUCACUACUAGAUCUGAGGUCCCAUGGGGAAUGUUGCUCAAAGGACAUCAGCGUUUCACAGAGAUUAUGGGUUUCUCUGAGGAGGGGGUGAAGGAGUACUUCCAGAAGUUCUUCCAGAAUGAGGAGCUCUUCAGGAAAGCCUAUGAAUGUGUGAGAGUAAAUGAAACUCUCUUCACUGCCUGCUCCAUCCCUGUCAUCUGCUCGAUCAUUUGCACGGUUAUGCGAGAGAGGUUAAGUGAUGGUGCAGAUGUGAUGAGUGGACUGGAAACCACCACCUCUAUCUACGUUGACUUUGUGUCCACUCUACUGGAGCGUCACUGCCAGGGUUUGAGUCAGUCUGUCCCAAGCCUGUUGAGGGGUCUGGGUCAGCUGGCAGAGAGAGGGAUGCUGGAACAACAAGUCUUGUUUGAUGAAAAAACUGUUUAUGACACAAUUUCAGACUCUGCUGACAAACCAUUCCUGCUCAAGUUCCUCUUGAGGAGAAAAAUCCACCAGGAGACAAUGUUCGGUUUCAUGCAUUUCAGCUUUCAGGAGUUCUUCACUGCUCUCUACUAUAUCCUUCUGGAUGAAGCAGAGUCUAAAGUGAAAGUGAGAGAGCUGCUUCACACUGUAGAGAGAGGAUGGGCUUUGUCCUGUUGGUCUGAUAGAGACUUUUCAAAGGCAGAUGUAGAAGUAAGACAUGCAAAUCUGCUGCAGCCUGUGAUUCUGUUCCUCUGUGGUCUCUGUAAGAAAGAAUGGAUCUCCUCAUUCUUUGAAAAGCAUAACAUGACCGUCUCUGUCAACAUAGAAACCCAGCUUAAGGAGUGGAUCAAUCAGUGUUCACAGAUAUAUCGUAAUGAACACAUGCUGUUCAUUCUCCAUUGUCUCUAUGAGCUCCAUGAGAAGAGCUUCGUUGGGAAAGUUUUGGAACAUUUGGCUUCGAUAGAUCUGUCAAAUAUUCUGCUGAAAAAUGCAGACUGUUGGAUGUUGCGGUUUUGUCUUCAGAACUGUGUUAACAUUGGCAAACUGAGACUCAGUAUAACAUCUGACAAUCUGAAGAUUCUACUGUCUGCACUGAUCAGUUGUGAAGAGUUGUGGUUGAAGGUGGAUCAAAUUAAAGACGUUACUGGGGAUUUGAUCUCAGCUCUUGGUGAAGGAAAAAUUGUGAAAGAACUGAUAAUACAGGAAGCUUCUCUCAAAAAAAGGAUCAAAAGCUUCUGCCAAGAGAUUGUUACAUCAAGUAAAGAUGAAGAUGCCAUGGUCUGUUUUCGGCUUUCAGUUUCCAGCUCUAAAAUAAGACCAUCAUCAUUAAUCUCAGGAUUAACUCUCACCUGUUCACGCCAAGAGGUUUCCACUGUCAACUGGAGAAUCUUUCUGCAGAAACUCCAGACAUCACCCAGCUCUCGAGAUUCGUCAGUGGAUGGGUUUUUCCUCCUGGAUGUCCUGCACUCUGUGUCUGGUUUAAAGAAACUCUAUUUGGAGCUAGACAAAUUGACUGACGGAUGGAUUAAUACAAUCCUCUCGCUUGUCCGGGCCUUUCCUAGUCUGAAUGAAAUCAGGACAAAUUCCACAAUUUCAUUUAUUCCAUUUGACAUAAAACAGUCUAUGGAGGAAUCACUGACGCAAACAGGUUGGACCCUGACUGUCUGGAGGAAGUCAUUGCUGAUUGAGCGAGGUGAGAAGAGUUUCUCCGAGGAGGACUUGAAGACAAUAAAGACAGAAAAUAUAGAAAGUAAAUCAUUCCUUUCUUUAUUUCAGUCCUCAGAUUAUGCAGAAGUGUUCACACCUGAGUGUGUUCAGCGAGAUGAUGAGGACAAACACAAGACUAUAUACAGGUUUGUGUGUUCACAUGCUGGUCAGUUUCAGUGCAGUCUGACCAGCCUUGUGUUUGUGAUGGAGGAUGAAGGAGAGGUGCUGUAUAACACUGUCUCAUGGGAUUCUGGUCUGGGUCAGGUGCGGCCUGCAGGGCCCUUGUACAACAUUGAAUGUUCUGCAGGUUCAGUCUCACAACUACACUUUCAGCACUGUGUGAUAUUCUCUGAAGAAAACAAGGACUGUUUGGCUGUAGCACAUGUCACUGGUGGUAAUGUAGAAAUAAUACAGCCACUCAGAGUGACAGAAACUCAUGUGAUCAUUGACAUCAGAGAUCUCAGCAUUUUUGGACUCAUCUGGAUUAAAAAAAAAUUUGGCUUCCCCAUUAAAGGACAGGUUUUGCUCUUUCUUCGACCUGUAACUGUUAAACAGAAAAUACUUAAUGUCCACUUGCUUCAAGGGAAUGUUCCAGUAUCAGAGGUCCAGCGCUGGCACCUGGAUAAAAAAUACAUUGAGACAAGUUCAAAAUGUCAGCUGUUUCCUGGCAGACAAUACAGUCUGUGUUGUCAGCCAGAGGAUUGUGAAGUGCAACCAGUGAGUGAAAUGUUUGAGCUUGAUCAUUUUGGCCCAAACUAUCAUCCCACAUUUGAAGUGUUUUUGGACGUCAACAUUGAGGAGGUCAGAUUGGGUGUUUUGGACAAAACUCGAGAUGGGAAAGAAGUGUGGAAAAGACGGCGAAUUCUUCUUACAGUUGCACCAAGUAAAAGUGUAGAACCUACUGCGCCCAGAAGGAUCCCAGAAACUGAAUUUGUGAAAACAAACAGAGAUAAACUCAUUGAGCGAGUUUCAUCAGUGAUGGCAAUUGCUGACAGUUUGUUGAGCCAAGAUAUGAUUAUUAGUGAAAUGUACAGUAAAGUUCGUGCUGCAGACACACGAUUGGAGAAAAUGAGACUCUUGUUGGAUGCUCUUGACUCUGGAGGAGCUGCUGUACAAGCAGAGUUCUGCAGACUGCUAAAGGAGAAGGAGCCUUAUCUUGCAAAUGAUCUGGGGCUUCAUUUAUAAAAACAGGUUUAUAGAUUUCACAUCUGGAAGAGAGGCAUACACACUUUGAUAAAUCAAAAUUUUGAUUAAGAUGAAAUCUCACAGUUCUGAAAUAUUCCUUCAUCUGUUAUGCAUGUGGAUUGUGUUGAUGUACUUUUUAAAAAUAAUUUGUGGUAUGUA